AUGAUGGAAAGAUUGCAAUCAGAAAACAACCAAAAAAAGAGUUCAGACGAUAUCUCUUUGCCUGCAAAAAGAAUGCACCCUGAAGUCCUCAUAGAUGCAUCAGAAACACUCAAUCGAAGACAAAAACUUGACCCUGAAAAUAAAAAUCGAGGCUAUUAUAUUCCCAGGGUGUGCAUACCAGUAAUCAUUUCAACCAAAGAAAACCCAUAUAAAGCAGCCACUGCAAAAAAACAAUCCAGUAGCUCUGAAUUCUCUAAUAAUCCCUCACAAGCAGCCAAAACCAUCUCAAAAGAUAAGUCUGAAUUAGUCGAUUUAACAGAAGAUUACCCAUCAAUGCCUAAACAGCCCGCACCAAUCGAGAAAAAAUUAGAUUUUAGUACUCCAACAAUAAGCAAAGUCGUCAUGAAUAAUAUAGAAGCGUCAGAAACCCUCAAAAUUCCUCAAAAUACAUUGGAAGAAAAUAAUCCUGACGAUAGAAUGGACAUUGAGAGUGAUACUGAAAUAGAAAAUUAUAAAAAUUUAAGAGUGACUGUAUAUGAAGACACUAGGACUGUGCUUGAUAAGGAUGAAUUAUUUAAUCUUUGUGCUGAAAAUCGCGUUUUAGAACGCUUUGAUAAACUUGUGAAGAAAUGCAGAGAAAUUACUAAUAAUAAAAGACUUGAAGCAGCAGAUGUGCUAAGGAUUUUAAUGGGAAACGAUGGAGAUACCAAAGAUACGCUGCAGUAUUUUGGUUAUAAGUAA